GGAGCCGAGCGGCGGGACGGAGCAUUGUGCGUGCGGCGCAGCCAGCCGGGCCGGGCCGAGCUCCGCAUUCUCCGCAGCCGCCGCCGCCCCGUCCCGUCCCCAGCAGCAUGUCGGGCCGGUCGGUGCGGGCCGAGACCCGCAGCCGGGCCAAGGAUGACAUCAAGCGGGUGAUGGCGGCCAUCGAGAAAGUGCGCAAAUGGGAGAAGAAAUGGGUGACAGUUGGCGACACAUCCCUCAGAAUUUACAAAUGGGUACCAGUAACAGAGCCCAAAGUUGAUGAUAUCUCAAAGUUCUUUACAAAGAAAAACAAAAAUAAGAAAAAAGGCAAAGAUGAAAAAUGUGGCUCUGAAGUGACCACUCCAGAGAAUAGCUCUUCUCCAGGGAUGAUGGACAUGCAUGAUGACAAUAGCAACCAGAGUUCAAUAGCUGACGCUUCUCCAAUAAAACAGGAGAACAGUAGCAACUCAAGUCCAGCACCGGAGCAGAACUCAGCAACACAAGCAGAUGGCACUGAAGUAAAGUCUGAUGAAACUCAAGCAGACGCAAAGGAGCAACCUGGUUCAGAAGAUACUUCUGAUGAACAGAAUUCACAGUCUUCAAUGGAAAAUUCCAUGAAUAGUUCAGAGAAAGCAGAAAUUCAAUCCUCUGGAGAAAAUGAUAUAACUACAGAGGCAUCUAAAAACUCUCAGGACUCUGAAGGAGUGCCACCUUCUAAAAAGAUGAAAGUAGAGGCUUCCCAACAAAAUGUUGAAGAGAUUUAGACUAUAGAUUUUCCUGAUCAGUUUUUAUGUAAGGUACAUCAGUGGGCUUAAUCAUAGAACAACUUUACUUAAGCAUCUUCUCUUGGAUGAGGACAGAACUCCUAACUUUUCAAGUUACCAAGCAAAAAUCCAAGAAAACCUAGCAAAGGUUUAACUUCUCAGACACUGAAAACUUUUUCCUGUGAAACAAACAUUGAGAACUUUUAAGUUACUGUCUCUGAAAUGGUUGGAGUAAACAACUCAGGAGGGGUCUACGCACUGUUUCUAAAGUCAAAAUUACAAUUAUGUUGCUGCUGGUUUUUUUUGUUUGUUUGUUUGUUUCCAUUUCUCUAUUUAACAAUGUAAGAUAUUUAAGGAUGGUACAGGUCAGGUAUUAGCUUUCAUGUGAAGUUCAUUGUUCUGGCGUGAUGUCUGCUUUUGUUUUGUGCCUUGUGUUCUGAAAACAGUGCUAAUUUUUAAAGUUGUUUUGCAGCUGUCUCCUUUGCAAAGUGGCCUAUGUUUGUAUAAUGCCAUGUAGUAAGUUUUUCUGUUUGUUUGUUUUUAUUUUUUUUUUAUUUUAAAUCCCUGGUGCUUAAAACUUAACAAAUAGAGAUAAAAUUGAUCUGGAAGCCAUUUUCACACUUGGAGUCCAAGGAGACAAAGAAGCGUCAUUUUAUUUUUCUGCAACUACAGUGGAGACCUUUUAUUGAAUGCCCAGCAUUCGCAAAUUGUAAAUCUGGUCUUUUAAACUAUUCUUAACUUCAUCGGAAGUUAAUAUGAUUUAUUUACCAUUUAUAUUCCAGACCUGAAUAAAUUUAAUAGAAGUAAAGUAGAUUAAGUAAUAGGUCCAGAUCUCUGUACUGGGUACAGUAAUUGUUUUAUUAAAAAGUUCCACUAUAAAGAUAGGAUCAAAGGGAUUGAUGUGCAGCAUAUGAUUUAUUCUGAUAUCAGGUUUUCACUGAACUGGAUUUCAUUGUACUGUUCUUAAAUAAGAUGUUUACUGAUAUAUUCCAGGCUAUACUGUAUUUGGGAUUUUUUUAAACUUUCAGCUUGUCUUUGUAAAUAAGUCUUAUUUCCAUAAUCUCUACAUUACUGAUAGAAAUUAUCCUUUCUUUUCAAUUAUGUUGAUGCAUGCUUAUGCUAGGCUUGUUUGAGAGGCUCUGAGCACGUGUAACUCCCUUCAAGUCAAUGGCAUUUAGAGGUGCAGAGUAUCUACAUGGAUCGGGCCCUUAAGGGCCUGAUAUUGCAAUGGGUUUAUUACUUCCAGGGAGGUGCCAAGCCCCUUCAAAACCGCGUCAUGUCCAUGGUAACUACUUGUGUGACUAAGGAAUAUUCACAUGAGGUGUUAUUCAAAUGUUGCUGGAUUGGGCCUUAAUCUUCAUUCGCUCUCAGAGGGAGAUGGGUCUUGUAAUUUAAAACAAGAUCCCACAUCUCCAAAAAAUUGUGCAGCGUGUGUAAUCUGAGAUCUGUAAAUAUUUUUUAAAAUGAUAAAUCUUCCUGUCCACACAUUUUCAUAAUUAGCUCUUUGUAAACUUGCUUAUUUCUGAAUUCUCCAAUGGUGAAAAUGGCUUGAGCUUUGACUACUACGUUGCAUUUGCAAUUACCACCUUAAUUAUGAAGAACAAUUGGGAGUAGGAGAGGAGUGAGGAGCCAAUGCUGACCUUCCGUAAAAUGUCUGUUGGAUUAAACUCCAAAGUGACUUGCUAUGCUCAGAUUGGGAACUUUUCCUUUUAUGUUGAAAUAAACUUUUUUGGAUCUCAACUAAAUAAAAUUUGGUUGCAAAUCA